UGUUCGAGACGAACGUUAGUACAAUCAUUGGAAAAUAACGUGUUGUGGAUACGGGAAGCCUGUCGUUCCAGUAUAGUUUUUCACUUGAAAGUUCGGUUUAAAGUUUCAAACAGAUUUCAAAAAGUGCCAAAGGAAUUCGCAGCUGGAAUCUAUCUGGUCUGCCGUUGUUCUGUCUGUUGUGUGCAUAAAUCACAAUUCGUGGAGAAAAUGUUAUUAUUUGAAACAACAAAAUAAAUCACAAAUCACUAGCGAAGAUCACAGCAAGAAUCGAGAACAGUCUUCUGUUACCAAAAGGAUCCAGUUAGAUUAUUUGAUUUCUGUUUUUUUCUUCGUUACAGAAUACACCCCGAGAGUUAUCGUACGAAAUUAUGCUACCCGUGAAUAUCGCCACCCGCUGACUCCGCGCCGGGUGGUUUGAGGUAACACAUGAGUCUCAACGAGUUGUUCUAAAAACCAGCACUACGCUGCCAGGACAACUACACCGAAGAAAAAGGCAGAUGCGUCGUCAUGGAACGGUACCAAACUGAUAGUCCUUCGUUGCCAGUAGUGAAAAGACCGUGCCACCGCUUGUGAAAAUAACCGGUCGGUCCAAAUUGAAUGUGCAAAAUUGUGGAAGAAUAAGUGGAAUAAAUUACAUUCUCCGGUGAAGAAAGUGCUAGAUCGACAAGUUGGAAAAACGGAGGACAGCUGAUAGAGAAAAUGAUUGGUGCAAAGCUGUUUCCGCUGCUGAUUUAUGCUCCGUUCCUUCUGGGCAGUGCCGUCGUUGCCGUUACGAAUGUAGCAGAUUUUAUCGUAUUUAAUAGUGCUUGUUAUGACGAGAGCGAUUACGUGAAUGAUGAACAUAAUUUCAGUUUGCCAGAUCUUAUCGCGGCUAGUGAUGUGAUAAUAAGAGCAUUCGCCGGAGAUGGAAAUUACCUACGUCCUGCGCUGGUGGUUUCCGGCAGUGGUGAAAAUGGAAGUAAAUCCAAUCCAGCUAGUGAACGUGAAAUUGGUAAGGAAGCUGCCAGCAGUUCUGGCACGAAGAACUCCUACCGGCAGAAGAACGGAAAUGAGAAAAAUGAAAGUGCAAGUUCUCUAAACGAUGAAGAUUUUAUUGUACGAUUGGAGCCUUCCAUCGUCUACAAGGGAAAUGCAAUCUUCAAGAAACUCAAACUGAUCAACUGGCAGCAUUACGUAGUCAUCAAAAGCAUUACUAGCAGCCGGUUGAGAUUGAACAGAGAAUCUUCGGUGCCGCAUAAGAUCGACGAUGGCACACAUGACCGCAUCUUGGCGAACGGAACAAGCUCCACCGUAAACCAGGACAACAGUCAUAACAGUAGAUAUAGUAGACCAGUGUGCAAUCGUAACAAAAGCUUCACCAACAACAUAAAUAACAGUGCACAAGUACAUCGGCACCAGACCCGCUCCAGCAACGGAACAACGGAAGACAAUAACGGUAACAGUGAGGGCCCCAGCAAUAGCAAUAACAGUAACCUACACAACAACAAUGAGUAUAAUGCGGAAAAUAACACCCGUCAGAGGCUUAUGGUUUCGAGCGUAUUCAGUGAAAUAUUACCUACCGAGCUGAUCAUCUUUGGAAGAUUAGACCACAGAAAUAAUCUGCAGGUUGAUCUCUUCGAUGGUUUGCUGUUCUGGAGCCAGGAAUUGGAAAGCAUGAUUUGGCAUGCGCUGGGCUGGAGCGAGUGGAGUGAGUACACACCGUGCAGUGUGUCUUGUGGUGUGGGAGUGCAGCAACGUUUUCGGCAUUGUUCGAAAGGACUAGAACCAGAACAAAGCACACCUAAAACGGGAGGUAGCAGCCAAACGAUGUCAUCGGCACCGUUUCAGCACAAGUCGUAUGUAAAUAUUGAGCUGCCCGUGGAGUAUGGUUUGAUGAAUAAUGAAAAUGUAAAUCCCUCGUCAUCGUUUACAACACCACUGACGACAUCAUCUCACGGCCAAGGAGAUAGUGAAACCGGAAGGGGACGUUCCCUUCCUCGAUGGACCACGGUACCAUCUACUGGUAGCUAUAACCACGAGCAACAGCAGGAGCAUGACAAAGCAGAACCUCGGGGAACGCGGGAGGACACUUCAACGUCAACGACAGAGCUUCAGUUUGCAAUUGAGAGUCGUUUUAAUGAAAGUACUAAUGCAAAUAGUAGUAAAAGGAGCAUUCAACGGCAUCCACAAAUGAGCCAACGGCUUCGUCGAGUUUUUCUGCAACGUGAAAACCAACACAAUGAUUCCUUAUUCCUAGAACAAUCCCAGAGCAAAGCCGAAGGCAGUAGACACAUCUCUGCCACCGCAGAUUCUGGUUGUGAGGGUUAUAACAUUGAACAAAGGAAUUGCAACAUGUUUGAGUGCGCAGGCUCAGUGGAUCUUCUUUCGGCCAGUCUAAGUCACCAAUCGACUGUAGCAGACAUUUGGGAAAAUCGAAUAAACAACGGGAUAAGUCAAACAGAAACAAAUUUUACGCUAUUGUUGAAUGUUCGAUCUAGGAACAAGUCUCAUUAUGUCGACGAUCAUCGCACCAACAACAUUCUAUCGCUUCGUUCGCAAUUGAUCAGCAGCUCGAGUUUGUCGAUAAACUUCGUUAACGAUGGCCACGGAGGGUUGAAAAUAAUUCAGGAAAAGUUUGGCCUUUCGGAGAUGCUACCAAUUGAGCGGAAUUUAUUUGACGGCCAAUGGCAUUCGAUCGCUUUAAGUGGAAGGAACGGUGGCUUCAUAACGGUGUACAUCGACUGCCUGUGGGCUAACUCGUUCGUGCUUUCGAGAGGAUCCAUUCAACUGCCGCAGUAUCCGGUGAUUGAAGUUGGACACGAUAUUGAGCUCCAACAGUUGACACUGGUCCCAGGCGAUAGACAUCAGUUACAGUGUGCCACGGAUACAAUUCCCAUCACCGAUACCGAAAAUCGACAAGUGACCAACUAUUUUGAAGGCCUGAAUUAAGGUGUUUGACGUUUUAUCGAAUCGCGAAAAUCGACUCAAUGUAGGAGAAUUUUGUUUUGUAAGAAAUUACAUUUUCCCAUAGGACCGUAUGUUAAUGUAGAGAUAUUUUAAAUUGUUAGCUAUGCUUCGUAAAUCGAAACCAGUACAGAAAAGUAUUUUGAACUAAAUCCAGUGAAAAUAAUUGCGGUACGCCGGAUAAGUUUUGAUGAAAUGAAAUUCUACCAUGCAAUCCAAUUUUAGUCUUUCAUAUAUAAAAUAGUUUGAAACAGCUCCGCGUAAACGUGAAUUUGGGAUACGAACGUUUGUAACAAAGAAAUAAAAACCGUCCCGCAUGACUGACUUUUUAAAUACCGGUCACCACGAAAAUCGUUGAACGCAUUCGUGUUUAAGGACACAGAGUAUUCUAAAACAAUAGAAUACAGAACUUAAUAGCUUACUAAUUUUCAAACCGAUCUUAACCAACUAUACUUAUACACAAGGAAACAAUAAAUUUAAUAAAAACAACGGAAAACAAUAAUUGCCGGGCAGGAAAUUGAGCGCGAAUUGGAUUGGAUUCGAUUUGUUGAGUAGCAUUAUUAAAAACAAUCUAUAGUUGAUACAUUUGAAAUGGAAAGAGGAUAGAAAUAUAUAUAUGUACAUUUAUUACUAUUUUGGUAAAAAUUAUCGACAAAUAUAAAAUGGAACUUCGUAUAGUUGAAUAUAAUUUUAUCGAUGCAAAUAAAAUCAAAUAUUCAUGCAUGGUUUCCAGAGCCGUGCUUUAGGCCUACAAAUUAAAACUUUGAACAACCGUU